AUGACUCUUUCGCUGAAUAUAGAUUUGGAUGCGAUCCUGAACAAGGCACAAAGCGAGGAGCAUGAUCUUAUGCGCCUCGCGCAAGGCGAGCACUUUCUCUCUCCAUACUACUCGCAGCCACACGCAGGUCGUUACUCGACCAAGCCCGUGCCCAAGUACUCCAUCCCCGACGAGGGCACUACGGAGGCGGCGGCGUACGAGCUGCUGAAGUCUGAGCUGCUUCUUGAUGGCAAGCCGGCGCUCAACCUGGCGUCGUUUGUGCAGACGUGGAUGCCCGAGAAUGCGCAACGUCUCAUGUCUGAGACGCUUGGAAUUAACCUGUGUGACCAGGACGAGUACCCUGCCACGAUGGCCAUCCACGCGCGCUGCAUCUCGAUCAUCUCGAACCUGUGGAAGGCGCCCAAGCACGAGCUCGCUGACGACCGCAGCAAGGCCGCACUCGGCACCGCGACGACCGGCUCCUCGGAGGCGAUCAUGCUAGGUCUGCUUGCCGCCAAGCGCCGCUGGCAGGAAAAGCAGAAGGCGGAAGGCAAGGACGUGCACAAGCCCGGCCCGAACAUUGUGUUUGGGUCCAACGUCCACGUCGCUGUGGAGAAGUUUGCGCGCUACUGGGAAGUCGAAGAGCGUCCUGUCGACAUUGACGAGUCGACCAACUACUGCCUGAGCCCGAAGCGUGCGAUGGAGAAGGUUGACGAAAACACCAUCGCGGUGCUUGUGAUCAUGGGCUCGACCUACACGGGGCAUUACGAGCCCGUGGAGGAGAUGGCCCAGCUUUUGGAUGAGUACCAGGAAAAGACGGGCAUCGACGUGCCGAUCCAUGUGGAUGCCGCGUCGGGUGGUUUUGUCGCGCCGUUUGCCACGCCGGAUUUCAAGUGGUCGUUCGAGAUCCCGCGUGUGGCCUCGAUCAAUGCCUCUGGUCACAAAUUCGGUAUGGUCUUCCCCGGUCUCGGCUGGAUUAUUUUCCGCUCUGCGAAUCUCGUCCCACGCGACUUGGUGUUUGAGCUGCACUAUCUCGGCAGUGUUGAGUACUCGUUUGGCCUCAACUUUUCGCGGCCCGCCGCGCCAGUGCUUGGCCAGAUGUACAACUUUAUCAACCUCGGCCGCAGUGGCUAUACCGCCGCGAUGAACGACAACUUGCAGAAUGCGCGUCUCCUUUCGCGUGCGCUGGAGCUUAGUGGCUUGUUUCUUGUCGUCUCUGACAUUCACCGCCCCAUCUCUGACGAGGCCGAAAAGGCCUUGAGCAAGAGCAAGGCGCAGCACACGGAUGCGUCGAACUUCAAGCCCGGCCUUCCUGCGGUCGCUUUCCGCUGGACCGACGAGUUUUCGCGCGAGAACCCAAAGCUGCAGCAGCGCUGGCUCCAGGUGUUGUUGCGCAUUAAGGGCUGGAUCGUGCCGAACUAUGAGCUCUCGCCGAGCUUGCAGCACGUACAGAUUAUGCGUGUGGUUGUGCGCGACACGAUGACGGAGAGUAUGGUUGCUGCGCUGCUCGGUGACAUUAUCGCCAUGACGAAGCAGCUUGCGACAGAUAGCCACGCGAUUCCUUCGCACCUUGCUGCGUUGAAGGAGGGCAGUGCACGCCACGAUCCUUCGCAGAAGCGCCAUGGCGAUGCUGCACAUGGACGCCCGCACGGCCACGGCGAUCGUCCGCGUGGCUUCAACGGCCAGUGCUAA